GCUUUCAUCUGAGUCCGGGCCCCAGUCUGCGCUGCAAGCAGCGAAAGGUGGAGAGCUUCUCAUCUUCACGCGCACUGACUGUCAAACGCGCACACAGACACAAACGCGCUCUGUGACAUAAACGAAACUCAUCCAAACGCAACUGGAAUAUGGACCUGAGUCUACGAGACGCUCUGGGUGGGGGCGGAGGAGGGGCUGCAGGCGGGGCACCCGCCGAGUCCCUGCUGAAGAGAGACUUUGUGGCCUCGCUGGAGAAGCAGAGCUACGACGACAAGGUGGGGGAGACGGUCUCCAAGAGCGAGUACCGGCCCUUGCUGGAUGGAAAGGACUCCAAGACCGGUCCAGGUAUGAUGUCGUCAAUGAUGUCAUCAAGUAGACGCCAAGACCCACCAGGACAGCCUGCCUUCAGCUCUGACUACCUGUCUGGUCCUAUGAUGGGUGGGAGGACAGAUCAAUGGAGCAUGAACAAGACAAAGGACAACAGCAUGCCUGACUCAUUUCUAGGCUUUCCUCAGUCUGGAAUGGGAGGGACCAUGGGGUCUGGCCUUCCACCGUUCCAAACCAGCAUGAGCACCCCUCUCAGCCAGACUGGGACGGGUUCAGCCAUGGACACCCAGAAGAGUUCAGGCCUAUUUGGAGUGGACAACAAAACCAGCAGCAACACCAGUGGAAGCAGUCCGUUUAAAACCAGCGAUCCGUUUUCAUCUGGCAGCCCGGGAAUCCACUCCAUGGACCACUCUGCAGCUCCCGUCCUACCUCCCAGCGGCUCAAUGGACGACAGCAGUCCCACUUCCUCUGCCUCCGAACCCCUCAGCCCUGAGAGAGUUGGGCCGGGGGGCGAGGCUGGCAAGGAACAGCAGAGGCGGCGGAAGAAGAAGAGGAAGGGCCGUGACCACGUCUACGACUUCUUGGCAAGCCAGGAGCAAAACGUCGGCCAAUCAGACAAGCAAGGGAGGCAGGAUAAGGGCGGCCUGGAGGUGGAGGAUGACGAGGACGACGAGGGGAACUGGGAGUGGGAGAUCAGAGAGAGUGGAGGAGGGGGUAGAGUGAAAGGCAGGAAGACUAAGAGUCGGGCAAGACUUCCAGAAGAGUGGGGGGUGACCCAGCCGCCCACUCUCCCACCCCUGGCUACAGUAGCUCCAACCACGGCAACAACAGCCAACUCUGGUCUGGUCUUUGACUCCAGAACUUCCAACCCGGGCUCUGUUUUAACCUCGCCCCCUGAACAAAUUCCUGCCACUUUCACCAACCGUUCCCAUGCUAGCCCCGUGACAGAUGCAUCUCCACGCUCCUACGAGCCGAUGUGUGUAGACGAUUUUGCCUUGUCUAAUAAAGAUGGUCCGAAAGCAAAUCAACAGAAGGUUUUGGCGGGCAAGCCUGAAUUUAAGGGUAGUCGAGCUGGGGAUGAUAGUUUAGCAUUGAUUAGCGGGGACAAUCUUAGCCCCGUCUCUCAGACUUUCUCUUUCCUGGAUUCAGUCCUGCAGACUCCUCCAGGUUGCACUCCCGACUCGCAAACCCCAACGCCUGUAACCUGCACCCCUUCCCUUGCCACGGCUUCCCUGACUAAGUCCACUCUGGCAGAAGUUGGUGUCCCAGCUUCACCAGGCACUUCUGUUCCGAACUCGUCCACAAGCCCAUCACUGGUAUUUUCUGUAGGAACACACCCUCCAGCGACUGCGGUGGGAUCAGCCCUCAACGUCGAUGCCAAGCCGUUUGUCCCCAUGGCCACGCUCUUGUCCUCCCCAACCACACUUGGUUCUACUGCAGCUAUCCAGUCUGCUACCACUUUAGCCAUGCCCUUUAACUCCUCAGCUUCUUCCUGUAAGAAUGAAGCCACCCUCACGGCAUUAUCAGACACUCCCCCCAAAAGUGUAGUCACGCCCAUUACAGCCACUUCCCUCCCGUCUGUCACCCUUGCAGCCCCUCCCGUUCUCCCUGCACACUCAGAGCACCAGGAGUCCUCGUCGCGACAGCUCCCCCUACUGGAAGUGAAAUCGGACAAACAGGUAAAGACGGACAUCAUGCCUGGCAAGACGGACAAGUUCGACAACUUUGACAAGAAAGAGAAGGACGAGCAGCAGAAAAAGGACACCCUCCCGGACAAGAACCAGAAGUCUGAGAAGCUCCUCAAAGACGAGGUGGAGAAGCUGAAUGCCAACGAGAGGGCCGAGAAGGUGGACAAGCCCGAGAAGACCAACAAAGACGACAAGAAGGAGGAGGACAAGGGCGGCAAAGGGGCGGCCAAGUCUCCAGCCGGCAACGGCGGGAAGACCCUGCCGAGCCCUGACGGCAAGAUCAAGCCUGACGUCGGUUCAACUAAACCAAACUCUACCAAAUCCCGUCCAUCCACCCUCUCCACCAAUGGCGAGGCUAACUCGGCCAAACGCCCCUCCCCCACCACUGCCACUAAAAAAAGCCCCGUAACCAAGGCGACCACACCCACCGCCGCCAAGCGGUCACCGACAGCAAUUGGCUCCGCCAAGGCUGCCAAGACUCCGGAGAAUGACAAACGGCCAGCCGGGCCAAAGGUCGCACCCACGGCCCGCCCCGCUGCCGGCAAGAACGGCUCCUCUGCACCGGCUGCGAGUAGAACUGCUGCAAACAAGAACGACAAAACUGACAACAAGACGGGAGAGGCCAAGAAACCCAAGACAACAGCCCGUCCUCGCCCGGCCUCCGCCACCACUCCUGUGGCCUCCACCAACGGAGAAGCCUCUCACCGCCGCCGCGUCAUCACCAAGCCCCCCGUUCCCAAGCAGACCCCAAUGGAGAAGAAGCCGGCGGUGCCCCGCGCGCCUCGAACCCCCCGGCCCAUCAACGCUCCCACACCCGACCUGAAGAACGUCCGCUCCAAGAUCGGGUCCAUCGACAACAUCAAGUACCAGCCUGGCGGGGGAAAGGUCUCCUCCACCCCAAACAACAAGACAUCCGACCCCUCCACCCCCGCCGCCAAGGCCAAAACAGAGACGGAGACAAAAGAGGAAAGCAUCUGCAGUCUGCUGCAGGGUUCUUUACGAUAUGACAACGUAGGCAAUGAAACAACUAUGACGACAUAUUGUGGGGAGAACUUAUGUCAGUGUGGGAGACGGGUGGGUCCCUCUUCCCUCGCAGUGGUAGAACAACCACUGACCACUGCACAAAUGUGAGCUUGCUUUAAGUUAAAUUCCUGAGAAAAUUGUCAGUUCAAAUAGUCAGGGGAGAAAAUAUAAGGAUUAAAGUGUCCUUGGUAGGUUAAUAGUUUCAAUCCUGUAUGCCAAUUUAUACUGAGCAGCAGUAAGCAGCUGGCAUUGUGUCAAAUGUGUGUCCAUGGAUGGACCUCUCCUUUACUCCUUUUGUCGGGGCUGGAUCAAACAAUGUUCACUGUUCUACACCAAACUCCAAAUCUCUUUUACAGAUCAUACUGAUUUUAUUCUAGUUUGACCUGAAAAUAGUUGUAAAAUCAAGGUGUGAGCCUCUCACUUGGAUCAGUGUAAUGUCAUAUGAAGCCCACGGAUGUCAUCUUUAGUGGCCCCAGGGCAGCUUUUUCAAUAAUAUCCGGACACUGAAGGUUUUUGUGUUGUGAGACAAUUGCUGCUAACGUUGUAAAACGUGGUCAACGUAGUGAAAUGGUUCUGCUUAACGUAGUGAAACUGUGCGCUUUGCUAAGCGUGGAUCGUUAGCACGUUGCGUCACGUUGGUAAACUAGAUCCUGGUUAACUCUGUAACGUGUUGUCAAUAUUGUUAACGUUGUGUAACGAUGGCGGAUAUCCCUGAAAUACAUCCUCAAUGUUUCAUUGUUUCAUGGUUAUUGUUGAAACUCCUAGUUAAUGUUGUGCCCCUGUGUUGGUUAACAAUGUAACUAGUGGUGGAAUAUGGGGUUGCGUCGGGAUCUCCAAUCCUCCCGAGUUGGUUGAUGAGAAGGAUCGCGUUACACGUUAAUCAAUUAAAGUCAAAAGGUUAACAUUUAUUUAGAAGAGAAAAAUAUUACAUAAGCAAUUGUCCGCAGAUAUAUCUGGCUCUAACUAUUGCUUACAAGCAGGAGGUCGAAUACAAGUACAGUACGUAUUACAGUGCUAAGUGUAAAUGGCGUCUCCGAGCAGUAAAAACGUUGAAUUUU